AUCCAUCCAAAAUUCCAAACCGAUGGUGGUUUUAGCCACGACGGCUCGCACUCUCACCUGCCCGCGAUUCCACUCCCGCACCUCCACCACCCCCAUCGUCGCCGCCGCCGCCGCGAGUUUGCUCCUCUCGGCGUCCUCGUCCUCGUCCUCGCGUGCUCGUGCACCGGCCAGUGGAUGCUCCCUGUGGCGGCGCAGCGUUAGUAAAAUAUCACACCACCCAACAGCUAUGGCUGCUGCACAAGCCUCAGAAGCAGCCGCUGAGAAAGAUUUGCCUUUGGGGAUGGAUGCCUCCAUGAUGGAUGAAUAUGCUUCCCAGUCCAAGUUGCUGCAAGAAUUUGUUAAAAUUCCCACUAUUGGCAAGGCUUGGAUCUUCAAUUCCAAGACUGAAAACACAUCUAGGGCGAUGGUUUCUGUUGGCCAAGCAGAUCUUUUGGCAAACAAAAGGAAAUACUUCCUUCUAAGUUCACACAUCUCAAAAAAUGCCUCAAGAAAGUCUGUGGAUUUUCAGUGGUCUCCCUUCCCAAUUGAAAUGAGUGGAGUGUCAGCAGUAAUUCCAUCUCCAUCAGGGAAAAAGCUUUUGGUAGUACGGAAUUCUGAGGACGAUUCCCCUACAAAACUAGAAGUUUGGGGCCCCUGUCAGCUAGAGAAUGAGAUUCAUGUUGCACAAUCUGUUCAUGGAUCACUCUAUGUCGAUGAAUGGUUUGAAGGAAUAUCAUGGAAUCAGGAAGAGACUUUAGUAGCUUAUGUCGCCGAGGAGCCUCCUCAACUGAAGCCAGAGUUCAAUGAUGCAGGAUACAAGAAGGCUGGCUCUUCUGAAAAAGACUGCAAGAGCUGGAAGGGAAAAGGAGAUUGGGAAGAGACAUGGGGAGAAACAUAUUCCAAGAAAAGGAUACCUGCAUUGUUCGUGGUCAAUAUUUUAAGUGGUGAAGUGCGAGCUGUGAAGGGCAUACCAAGAACUUUAAGUGUUGGCCAAGUGAUUUGGGCUCCGUCAUCGUCAUAUAGCUUGGUUUUUGUGGCAUGGUCAUCUGAUAAUGGUUUCCAAAAGACACCAAGGAAACUUGGUAUUAAAUACUGCUAUAACAGACCUUGUGCUCUGUAUGCUGUUCCUGAUCCUUUCAUGGAAGAAGCUGAUGAACCAUCAAUUAAUGUUAGUAAAGGUGCAACUGCACCUACAAUCAAGUUAACAUCAAACUUGAGCAGUGGUUUUUUCCCACGAUUCAGUCCAGAUGGGAAGUAUCUUGUGUUUAUCUCAGCAAAGAGUGCUGUAGAUAGUGGAGCACACAAUGCGACAAAUUCAAUGCAUAAGAUUUACUGGCCUGUAGAUGGGAAACUGGAGGGCCUUAGUGUUGCUGAUGUGGUACCUAUUGUGAUGUGCCCUCAGGAUGAUGGUUUUCCUGGUCUGUACUGCUCUGGCAUCCUUAGGAAUCCAUGGCUUCCUGAUGGACAAACUAUGAUUUUAUCUUCUGUUUGGGGAAGUAAGGAAGUGAUACUUUCUGUAAAUGUUGUGAGCUGUGAAGUUGCAAGAGUUAGUCCUCAGGAUUCAGAUUAUUCAUGGAAUGUUCUUGCACUAGACAAGGAUAGUAUCCUUGCAGUUUCAAGCAGCCUUAUUACAGUCCCUCAGAUGUACUACGGGUGUGAGGUUUGUCAAACUGGAAAAUCAAACCAAUGGGAUUGGCAGGAUAUUUCAACUCCUUUUCCAAAUCUUUCUGAUAAGAUCAGUGUACUAUUAGCAGACCAUAAGUUCAGUAUCCUCAAAAUCCCGAUUAGCAACGCUUCUGACAAACUCACUGAUGGAGCUAAGCUGCCAUUUGAGGCCAUUUUCGUGUCCUGGAAGGAUUCUGCAACAAGACCAACAAUUGUUGUUCUUCAUGGUGGGCCACAUUCUGUUUACCCAUCAAGCUAUUCAAAAUCUCUAGCAUUUCUUUAUUCACAGGGAUAUAACCUUCUUGUUGUGAACUAUAGAGGUUCACUAGGAUUCGGUGAAGAAGCAUUGCAAUCUCUUCCUGGCAAUAUUGGUUCUCAGGAUGUGAGUGAUGUAUUGACGGCUUUGAACUUUGUUAUAAAGAAAGGAUUAAUAGAUGCAUCUAGAGUAGCUGUGGCUGGAGGUUCACACGGUGGUUUCCUGACAACUCAUUUGAUUGGCCAGGCUCCAGACACUUUUGUUGCGGCAGUUGCUCGAAACCCAGUAUGUAAUUUAUCAUUGAUGGUCGGCACAACUGACAUACCUGAUUGGUGCUUUGUGGAGAUUUAUGGGAAAGAAGGGAAAAACUACUUCUCAGAGUAUCCUUCAGUUGAUGAUCUUUGUCAAUUCCACCAGAAAUCACCAAUAUCACAUAUAUCAAAGGUGAGCACGCCAACACUCUUUCUCCUCGGAGCGCAAGAUCUCAGAGUUCCUAUUUCUAAUGGCCUACAGUAUGCAAGGGCCUUGAAGGAGAGGGGAGUUGAAACCAAAAUUAUUGUAUUUCCAGAAGAUAUGCAUAGCCUUGACAAGCCGCAGUGUGAUUUUGAAAGCUUCCUCAACAUAGGUGUUUGGUUCAAGAAGCACAUGAGCAAAUAAACAACAUACCGCUGUUACCACACUAUAUCUUGCUUAAUAAAUGCUUGUAAUUUGGGCCAAAGCAAACCAGGAAAACGUGGUUCCAUUGGCAUUCGAAUAAAGUAUAUCUGUUGUAACAUUUCUGUACUGGGAUAAUUCUUGAAAAUGCAAAUACAUUUGGUUAUGAAAUUUUA